UUUUCAUAUCUCUUAUACCUCAACUCUCUAGAUAGCCUUUUCUCCUCUCUCUCCCACCUUCUUGUUCUUCCUAAACUAAACCUAGUCUUCUCCUUCUUUUUCUUCUUCUUCUGCUUCUUCUUUAAAUUUUAUAAAACUCCUUCCCUCUAGAGCUCCAUUUCGUCAGCUAGUUUACACAUAUAUAUUAUUAUUAUAGAUAAAUAAACCCUUUAAGCUCAUACUUUGAAAAAAUUAAAACACACUACAAAGUGUGUAAAGAACACCACCAUCAUCAUCAACAUGUCUAGCAGAAGGUCAAGGCAAUCUGGUUCGAGGAUCAGUGAUGAUCAGAUCAUUGAGCUUGUUUCGAAAUUACGCCAACUUCUUCCUGAGAUUCGUGAUAGGCGCCCUGAAAAGGUUUCGGCCUCCAAGGUUCUACAGGAAACCUGCAACUACAUUAGAAGUUUGCACAGAGAAGUUGAUGAUCUAAGUGAGCGACUAUCUCAGCUUUUGUCAACCAUUGAUGCUGAUAGUGCUGAGGCUGCAAUAAUUAGGAGUUUAAUUAUGUAAUGUUUUAAUUAAUUAUAUAAUUUAUAUAUAAUUAAUAUCGUUUUCUCUAGUUUAAUUUGUACUUGAAGCUGCUUACUACUAAGUUUUAAGUUUUGGUCACUAGAUCAAACAAGGGACUACUACUACUACUACUACUAUUACUACUACUACUACUUCUACUUUAGAUUAUAAUGUAUUGUCCUUUGCUUAUAGGUAAUGUAAUUAAGUUGUAUAAUAAAAGGAGCUUGCACUAGCAAAGCCACUUAUAUAUAUAUACAUGAAAUUAAGAUUUUAUUAUAAAGGUGUUAGUUAUAAAUAUUCUGAGAUUUUGUC